GAAAAAGAUGACAAUGUCAAAUUAUUUUCUGAAGCCGGCCGAUCGAAUAAACUUAAUUUGGUUUUUCCACUUUGGCUUAAAAUAUUAAUUAAUUAUCGACAAAAUAUUCCAAUCAUAUAAAUCAUGUCAAACAACGUAAAUCCAUUAGCGGGCACAGCUCAUCUAUUAGAUGAAUUGGACAAGAAACUUAUGGUGCUGCUACGAGAUGGAAGAACCUUAAUUGGAUAUUUGCGCUGCGUCGAUCAAUUCGCAAAUUUAGUAUUACACAAGACUAUUGAACGGAUUCACGUCGGUAAGGAAUACGGAGACAUUCCAAGAGGAAUUUUCAUUGUAAGAGGCGAAAAUGUUGUUCUUUUAGGGGAAAUCGAUAAAGAUAAGGAGGACAACUUACCAUUAACAGAAGUGUCAGUCGAUGAUAUACUGGAUGCUCAAAGAAGAGAACAAGAUGCUAAAAUAGAACAACAAAAAUUACUCUCUAAAGCAUUGAAAGAAAGAGGUCUAAAUUUAUUAGCUGACUUAGGACAUGAUGACAUGUUUUAAAUCUGUUAUCAUCCUUACUUAGUGGUUUUUGAAGCAAAUAUCAUUCCAAGUUAUCAAAUGGAAAUAGAACAAGAUUAAUAUGCAUAAAAAAUAUGUUAAAUUGGUCAAGAUAAAAGUCUUAAUAAUGGAAGUUUUAUUAUUUAUUAAAGUCUGAUUGCCUAGUUAAAGAUAUAUUUGCCAAUAAUUUACAAUA